UAUAAUAAAUAGAGUUAAUUGUAGCUGGUUGUUUAAAACUUUUACAGCACUUGUUUGAAUGAAGUUACUUUUUUGUGAUGCAAACGUAAAUUAUACGUUAUUAAAAUAACACUAUUGCGCCAUAAGUACAUGUUUUAAAAAAUUUCCUUUAUUAUAUAAACUUUUAUAAGUAAGUUAUAAAUCAGUUUCUAAAAAUUGUGCCGGAUUUACUUUUGAGGUGUAUGCCAAGAUGUUAUCUGCAAUAGUUAAAGAGCACCAAUCUAAACAAGCGGCACGAAAAGAAAGUCAAGAAAUCAAAAGAAAAGAAGCAGUGAACGCAUCUAAAGAAUUGACUAAUGCGCUCGUCGAACACCUUAAUGUUGGUGUUGCACAAGCAUAUCUUAAUCAAAAAAAAUUGGAUGCUGAAGCAAAACAAUUACAUCAAAGUGCCAUCGUAUUUUCCAAACAAACUUCUCAAUGGUUAUCUCUAAUUGACAACUUCAACAGUGCCCUUAAAGAAUUAGGAGAUGUUGAAAACUGGACACGUACUAUAGAAAAUGACAUGCGCAAUAUUACUACCACACUAGAAUAUGCUUAUAAAGUUACGCAAAAAAAUUAAUUGCUUAACUAGAAAGAGCAGUGGCAGAACUACAUUUCUUGUUGAGGCACGUGGAUACAGUUGUCUUGGAGGCCCUAUAAUCGUAACAACUUAUUAAACAUGUGUAAUAAUUAGGGUACAUAAAAAUAAAUAUAUUUAAUAAUAUAUUAAUAAUUUAUUAAAUUAUAAAUACAAAUUACAAUGAAAAAUUUGGGUACAUAAAAAAAAAUAUCUUAUAAACAUAAUAUAUUAAUAAUUUAUUGUGUUAAAAUGUAUAAAUACAAAUUGCUAUGAUAAUUUUUUUCUGCUUUGAUUUUGUCCAAACAAUUUUACCAACAAUAUCAAAUUCAAUUUUUAUCAAAAAAUGUUCAGUUAAUAAUUUUAAUAUUAAAUUGUUUAAUUGGAGAAUUAAUGAGGUACCAAUAUACGCAAUGUUUAUAAUAUUAUUAUAUAAAUUAUACUUUCAUAUUGUCUAACGUUUAAUACAAAAUAAUUAUUGUAAAAAUAAAAUGUCUGCCCAGACGUUUUUUCAUACUUUCUGACACUGACAACUUCAACUGUCAAGUAAAACCAUCAAAAUGAAAUUUAAAUUAUCGUUUAUAACUUAUUGUAACAAUUAAGAGGGCGUCGCACCGGUGAUUUUCAGUGGUAAAAACAUGUUUAAACAGACUGAAAAUAACUCGCUUAAUUUUGGUUUUAGAGUAAAAGCAUCCAUUAUAAAAUUAAAAGAAAACAAUAUUCCAGAGGGCUAGACGGUGCGUUUUUUAAAAAAAAAAUAAUUUUUUGGAAAGUUAGUCAUUUAAAAAUGUUAAAAUAGUCGUUAUUUCUAAACUAUGUAUUAAGCGUUAUACUUAGAAAAAUGAAAAAAACGCUCUUGCCCUCCGAAAUAUUGUUCUCUUUUAAUUUUAUAAUGGGUGCUUUUACUCUAAAUCCAAAAUAAAGCGAGUUAUUUUCAGUCUGCUUAAACAUGUAGAGAUGAAAAAACAUUUUUAAAUCGCUUUCAAGGAUGCUGUGAUAGUCCAAUAAAUAAAUUAACUACCAAAAUAGAGUCCUAGUUAUUGAACUAAUAAUUAUACAUCACAGUUUAACCUUUAAAUUAAGAUUUUGUAAAAAAAUUGCCUAUACUUUGCUCCUUAAAAAUGGGCGGUGCGACGCCCUCUUAAACAAAUUAUAAAGUAAUAGCAUAAGAAAAUCUCUUAAUAAUAUUUCUUCAAUUUGACGUAAAAUCAGGAAUCCGGGAUAAGACAUGAUAUUAUAUGUAUAUAGGUUAUUAUAUUAUGAGGUAUGUCAAAAAGUUUUUAUCAACUAUAUAUAAUGUGUAAAUUAUUAAAGUAUUAAUUGCUGUGAAUGAUAAAAAUUAUAAUUAUUUCAAAACAGUUGUAACUUUUUCGGUUUAGAUUUCGAUCAACAAUAUCAGAACUUUUUUAUCGUGUUUGAUUUUAAUAAAUACAAUACCCCGUCAUAC